AACGCAUCGCGCACGUAAACAAACGAGUGAGGAGUGGCGGCGGCGGCGGCGGCGGCGCGCGCGGGGCCGCGGCGGUCGCGAUAGACAUUCGUCCCGCCGCGUCCACCCGCGACACUCGCGCGCCAUGCUCGGCUACGCUCGCCUCGACGCCACGCACGGCCCGCACGGCCCGCUCGCCGACUCCGCGCCGCUCGACCGCUUCCAGGUCUUCAACAAGAACUGGCCCACCGCCUACACCUACGACUACUACUCCACGCCGUCCUACGACGCCUACGCCGAGCCCGAGAUCGACUCCGCCACCAACGUCUACCAUACCCUCGUCAACAGCCAGUACCUCACCACCGCGCAACACGACGAGUGGAAGACCAAGAUCAUCGACAACUGGACCGAAGAUGACACCAUGUCCUGGUAUAUCGACACUCUACGCUGCCUGGACCUCAACGAGUUCGAAUGGCCAACGUCCAAGUUCAGAAUCCCCGGCAUCGCCCUCCGCGGCAUGUCGCGCGACCAGAUCAUCGACAGGAUGUCCAGCCCCAGGAUAGACCCCACCGUCUACAUCAGAUAUGGUGACAAAGUGUACGAGCGACUGCAACAGUUCACGAGUCUAGGACUGCAUCCGAUGGAGAGUAAUCCCUACCAGAGCCAGGACCCCCCUCAGACCGUUUUAGAUUUAGAUUCAUACGAUAACAGACAACAACAAAGACUAGUAUACGACUACAACCAGGAGCAGAAUUUCCCUCAAAUGGGCACAGACUCUAGCAAUGACGAUGCGCAGGAUUACUUCAGAGAUGUGGAUUCAGCAUCACCCUCAAGUGACGUCAGCAAAUCAGGGGAUGAGAUGGAAGACAAGAAGAAAGUGUUCAAGCGACCCCCGGGCCGGCCGAAGGGCAGCGGCAGGAAGAGCGAUAAGAUCAAGCGCGCGCGCAGCGAGUCCGUGCCCGAGUUCCUCAAGAACCUCAUCCUCAACCCCAAGUACUGCCCCUCGAUCAUCAAGUGGGAGGACUACAACAAAGGACUGUUCAGAUUCGUGAAGCCAGACGAAGUGGCGAAGCUGUGGGGCAUCCAGAAGCAGAACGACCACAUGACCUUCGAGAAGUUCAGCCGAGCCAUGCGCUAUCACUACAAGAACUGCGUCCUUGGCUCCGUCCCCUCACAGCGCCUGGUCUACCAGUUCGGACCCAAAGGACCCGACUACAGAACCGACAACCCCAACUUUGUCAAAGUAAAAUCCGAAUACGAACUCCACAGCGAGAAUAUUUAUUCCUAGUUUGAAUCGCUGAAGCUAAAAAGCUAAUUUGACAUUGCUCAACUGCAGUUUUAUUAACGAUAUACGAAGAUGUUUGUUGGGUUGUAAUACUUGUAAUGGAUAUGGCUUGCGUUUUAUGGUGCUGUCCAGUGAGUUUCGUUUCAGCAUGGAUUGUUAUCGUUGUUACGGAUGUGCCAAAAUGCAAGUAAACUCUAUUAUUGAAUGAUCUGAUUAGAGGAAUUGAAGAGAGGGAAACUUAAUUGAAAUAUACGUAACGUAUAGUUAAGGAGAUAACACAAUGAAACAUAGAAUUUAUGAAACACUUAAUCUGUCCAUGAUAUUUUGAUCAAGCCAUACUGAAGUUAAAUUUAAUAGAAUUGACAGUACAUUAUUAUACUACAUGGUAAUAGAUUGUGGCUGAAGAGCCACAUGUGUAAUUAAUAUAAAAGGGUAAAUUGUAGUAGAAAAUGCUAGAAAAUUAGGUAAGUAAAUUAAAAAAAUGAGAUCCGUAAAAUAAGUAAGGUAAAGUAAGAAUGAGACGAGAUACAUGAAGGAAUCAUAUGAUUAAUAAAAUUAAUACAUUUAUAAAAUCCACUGUGAAAUUAUGUAUUUACCUCUUAUGUUAUGUACGCUAGAACACUCACUCAGUAUGUGGAUGCAAGAUAUAAGAAAUAGGUAAUAUAAAAUCGUAGUAAUUUUGUUAUUCCUAUGAUACAAAUUCUGCAUACAAAUUAAUUUCUUAAGUACAUCGAGAUGGAUAGAAUAUUGUGUGUUAUGUAUUCGAAUGCUAGGGGGAUAAUGGUUAUUAUUAUAUUUAUAAAUUUAGACUCAAUGUACAAUUUUGGAUAUUGUCAAUGGUUGUAAUCGUGAACGUUGAAUAUUAGGGAAUUUAUUAUUGUAACCACCUGGAUCGUAUUGGAGUGAACCGUCAAUUAUAAUAGAACGAAUCUUAUAUACUUAAUAAGUAUGUAUACAAUUAGGUAAAUUACCUACCUAACUAAGUGCAAGUAUCACAAUGUCUGGACACAAGUUAUCGUGUGAUAAAUAACAUGCUUACUUCUGCUUUUUUU